CUAAAACUAUAUAGAUGUCAGACCAAUAGAAAUCUUUCUUAAGAUUGUCUACAGUUGCCUAUAUCUUCAGUAUUUAUAAAAUAUUUCUACCGAUCAUUUCUUUAUAGGUUAUAGUUUUAAACAUUGGUUAAAAUGUUGCCCUUAUCUUUGUUAAGAACAGCGCAGAAUCAUCCUAUGUUGGUUGAAUUAAAAAAUGGAGAGACAUACAAUGGUCAUUUAGUUAGUUGUGAUAAUUGGAUGAAUAUCAACUUGAGAGAAGUUAUCUGUACAUCUAGGGAUGGUGACAAAUUUUGGAGGAUGCCAGAAUGUUAUAUUCGUGGAAGUACCAUUAAGUACCUUAGAAUUCCAGAUGAAGUUAUUGAUAUGGUGAAGGAAGAAACUUCAAUGAAAAAUAGAGGUAGAGAUAACAAAGGUGGAAGAGGAGGAGGACAAAGCCAAAGGAACAGACCUGCAGCAAGAGGUAAUUUUGGUGGCCGUGGUGGAGGUGGACCAGGAAACAAAAGUGGAAAUCAAGGUGGUAGAGGAACACUAUUUAACAAGAACAAAUCAAAGUAGCAAGUUAUAUCAUUUAAUAAUUAUUUUUUAUUUUCAAAAAGAUUUAAAGAAUUGUUUUUCAUUUUAUAAUAUGU